UUAAUGGUCUUGCUUAAAUUAUCAUAAAACCUUUCAGUUUAUCAAAAACAAUGACGAAGAACUAUUUUUCAAGGCCACUCGGCUAACCAGGAUGCCAUAUGAUUUGUUGUUGUCUCUUAUAAAUUCAAGCCUACAAAAAAAAUCCAUUAGAACUCCAAUAAGCCCAGAGUGUAGGAUAGUGGUAACAUUAUUGUAAGUCAUAUUUCAAAAUCGAAAGUAUUUAUUAAAUAUCCACUCUAUUCAGGUACUUGGCGCAAGGAGUUUCACCAAACUACUUGGCUUGGUCUUUCAGGAUGGGAGCAUCCACGGGUAGACAAAUCAUCAUUGAAGUCUGUGAAGUAUUUUGGGACGUACUAUCUCCGGUUUAUAUGCCAAAUUGCAACAUGGGAGAUUGGAAAGACAUUAGCAACGAGUUCGACAGACGAUGGCAUAUGCCCCACUGCGUCGGUAGCAUCGAUGGAAAGCACGUUGCUAUAAAGCGUCCGCCAAACUCGGGUUCUAAAUAUUAUAACUACAAGGGAUUUUUUAGUAUUGUGUUGCUUGCUGUUUGCGAUGCUAACCAUACCUUCACCGUAGUUAAUGUAGGAGCUUAUGGCAGCCAGAGCGACGGUGGUAUAUUUAGCAAUUCCGGAUUUGGAAAGCAAGUGUUUCUCAACAAAAUUGAAUUGCCACCACCCGAAAAACUUCCCAACUCCAAUAAAGUAGUGCCAUACUUCUUUGUUGCUGAUAGUGCUUUCCCGCUUAGACAAAACCUGAUGAGGCCCUACCCUGGAAAUUUAUUGGAUUUACCACACGAGGUUUUCAAUUUCAGGCUCUCUAGAGCACGUCGAGUAAUUGAAAAUACCUUCGGUAUAUUAGUUGCACGGUGGAGGAUUUUAAAUAAAGCCAUAGAAUUUCACCCAGAGAAGGCAGAUAAGGUUAAGGUUAUAAAAAAAACCGAUUAA